CUUCAGAAGCAGACAAUAAUAAAAAUUUUCUUAGUGAUUUAAUUAACAACUUCGAAUAUGUACCAGAAAAUGAUAUAAAAGACGUUGAAAGCAUGGGAUUAGCAAGCGAAAGUCUUAUGUCUGAUGGAAUUGAAACAGGAAAUAUUGACAAUAAUUUAGACGUUGAUGUAGAAAUUAUUCAACAAUCUCAAAGUAAUCAGAAUAGAAGUGACAAUGUGAGACAGCAAUCUAAUGAAGAUAAUCAAUAUGUAAAGUAUCAACGUAAAUAUAUAACAAAUAGUAAAAAAUGA